AAUAAUAUCUGGGAUCCAUGUCACGUGAUUAAAGUUGUUUUUCUCCCGCCGAUUGUCACACGUGUUUACAUCUUCAGCAGCAGAUAAUGUCGGUAAAGUUGAAGAAAGCCAUUCGAGAGAGGAUUCAGGAUAUCAAAGACCAAAGGGAUGUUAUGGUCGCAAUUUUAAAUGAGUUUGUUACGGAGGCUGAAUCUACAGCAGAACCAUUGUUGUCUACCCAUAAACAUGGUCAGUUCAGCAAGAGGUAUGUGGAGGUCAUGCAGGACCUGGACAGGUGCUACCAUACCUUGGUUCUUUUAACUGCUGAAGCAGAGGAGAAAAUAGGUGGUGGAAGUCAGUAUAUGGAGGAAGAUGACAGUUGUACCGAGGGAAAUGAUGACCAUAUAACAGUUGUUAAGUCACUUCCAAAUAGAAGUCUUUCCAUAAAGUCCAGGAGGACACUGCCAGAGACCACCGGAGAUGUUCAGUGCCAAUCAUUACCCGGGAACAUUGUCAGUGAUGUGCCCAUGAAGAACGUGACUAGCGAUACUGUUCAAUCAGCUGAAAAGUGUUUAAAGAUGGAUCCUUUUUUAUGGAAUCUCGAGAAACACAGUACCUUGGAUUCUGGUACAGCUAAUGACAGUUUAAGUGCAAUUAUCACAUCGGAUACACUUGCAGCACAGACCUCAGGAAAAUUGUGUGAUAAUGAUGUGAAUUUGAACAGACAAGUAAAUAAGCCGUCCAUUGUGAAAGGUGUAUUCAAUAUCAUUACACCAGAACAGGACACUGUCAUGGGUGCACUCGAUGCCAUUAAACCAGAACAGAACACUGUAAAGGAUGCGUUCGAUGCUAUUGAGCUAGAGCAAGAGACUACCAAGGAUACAUCUGAUGUCCUCAAUUUAGAUCAGGAUACUAUGAUGGGUGUACUAGAUGACAACAAGCCAGUACAGGAUUCAUUGACAGAAAUUAUUACCAUAAAGCAGAAUAAUGCGACAUUUGUACCCAAUCAGUUGAAGCCAGAGCAGGGAGCUUUAAAGACAGACAAUCAAGGUGCUGUAGUAAAAGAAGACCAGACUCAGAUCAUUCAGGAGAACAGUCUACAGUUGUCCUCUACAGACUCUCUUUCCCUCCAAGGAUUCCGCACAUAUGGCCAACCCAAGUUGGACAUUGAAGUGGCCAAACGCUUCCUUCAGGGUGUUCUUCAACAGGCUAAUCAGGACAACAUGAGGCUUAAUAAAGAGAAAAGGGGUGCCUCAGAAGAAAGAAUUAAAGAGAAGGAAUCCGUCCAGGAAAGGUCGUUAAAAAGUACGUACAUCUCUGAUGGGCUGACAAAGGAGGCACCUGUCUCCAUGAUGGGGCAUGAUGAAAGUGAAGCAGAAUUUAAAUACAGUGAGACAGAAAAGAAACAACGUAACUGGGGAGAAGAACAGAACAGCACAGAGGUCAAGGUCAGGAAAAUUGAUUCAGAGCAGAUUGGAAGGCCUACCAAAGAAGCACUUGUUGAUACAGGACAGACGGAAAAAAAGUCCUCAGGACGCGGGAAUAACAUGUUGGAAGAAAGUGAGACAAAAUGUAAAGUACUUGUUAACUGUGAUCAAAACGAUAAGUUAUCUCUGAAGCAGUUGGUUACUGAAGUGUCCAUGACAGAAACAGGUGCUGACAGUGAAAUAAGGGUACCCCAAGGUGUGGAAUAUGAACAUGUAACCAAAGAAAGUGUGGAAGGUGAACAUUUCAUCAAAGAAAGUAUGGAAGGUGAACAUUUCAUCAAAGAAAGUGUGGAUGCAGAAGGUACAUGUAUAUUUUCAAGAACACAUUUGGUGGAGGAGAAACUGACUACUGAUGUGGAAGAUGUUAUUAGUGAUAAAAUGUCAGAGGUAGAGGUAAAAGAAUCAAAUAAAGACAAAACUGACAGUGAAAUGCGAGCAAGUGUUGUUGAAGAUGACUAUGGCCUCGGUCCUGAUCUGUGUUAUGAGAUCCUAGAAAACAGCAAGAUACACAGUGUUGUUGUCAGUGAAGCAAUUAGUCCUUGGUCAUUCUAUGUACAGAAGUUCACCGUUGACUUGGAUAAUCUUAUGAAGGAGUUACGAGGUUUUAACGAUUCGAAUCCUAUCCAAACCCCUAAAGAAGGAAUGUUCUGCUUGGCUCAGUUCUCUAAAGAUGGUUGUUUUUACAGAGCCAAAGUGGUAGAAGUUUGUUCUAAAGGUUCAGAUCCUUUUGUCCAAGUAUUUUUUCUUGACUAUGGUAACAGUGAGUCCAGAAAAUGGUCCCAUUUAAGGAGGUUGCCAGAGAAGUUUGCUUGUCUUCCAGCACAGGGAAUUUUGUGUGCUUUAACUCAGGUAAUGCCUGACAAUAAGUAUGGAAUCUGGACAGAAGAUCACAUCACAUUGUUUUCUCAGAUUGUGUCCGGGAAGAGAUUUAAUUGUAUGCCUUACUAUGUGUCAAAUGACCCAGGUCAACCCUCCAUUGUGGGUCUGUUCUUUAACAUACCAGAGAGAGUCAUUAAAGACGGUAACAUUGUCAUGCAGCCUGGACCAAAGCAAAUCAGUAUCCACGAAUACAUGGUAGACAAGAAUCUAGCUAGAGCUGUACCAUUGGAGGAACAGUGUCGAUUGUUAAAUUGUUCACAACAAAAGGAGGAAUCAAUACACAGCUUAAAAAAGGGUGAGGAAGAUCUAGCACAAAGGGGUGGUGGUAGUAGAAAGAAGGACGUCCAGUGUCAGUCUAUCGUUAGUGUUGGAAGCAGCAUGGAGACAUUGUCUGACAGCACUCAUAGUGUACCUAGGUUACCAAAGUCCACAACGAGGGAUGAGAGGGAACGUAAAACACUAGAGGAGAAGGGCAAACGGGAAACCAGAUCUAGACGGAGAGUCGGCCAGGACAAGCAGUGUAAAGCCAGAUCAGCAAACACGGCAGGAAAGGGUUCUGAAGACACCUCUAAAUCCAAGGCCAAGGAGCAGCAUAGUGAGCAACAGAUAGAGGAGGCCUGGGAUUCUUCUUCUGUACCUGCAUGCUCUACUCCUGUUAGUGAAGACAGAGGCUGCAAUAAUCUCAAUGUUGAUAAGUCGCAGAUGACUUCACCAGGGAAGGUACCGGAGAACCAGCAGUGUCCUCAGAAUAUCAUGGAGACGAAGAUACAGAAUUUGGCUGAUGACUGUGUCUCUGUGAGAUCUUCCGAGUCGGAGAGCCUUCAGUAUACAGUGGAUCAAUCGGUUAGCCUUCCCACCAACAUUGAUGUAGACGUGCAGGGCUUGAAGAUUAUGCUUUCUUACGUAAAAUCGCUGUCCAGUUUUUAUGUCCAUCUUGUGUCCGAAAUGUGUGCUAAAACUAUUGACUGUAUGCAUAAAAGUUUGAAUAAGACGAUGGAACAAAUGUCUAGGAAGCAGCAACAGAAGAUGAGCAAAUCUUACAAGCCAUGUGUUGGAGAUCUGUGUUGUGUGUUGUUUGCUGAGGACAAUCAGUACUACAGAGGCCUGGUAACGGGGUUUGUAUUGGCAUCGCCCACCAAGGCUUCAGACAAUAAAGAAUUGCUUCCAGAAAAUGUUGGAAAAGUGAAUGUUUUUUAUUUAGACUUUGGUAAUGAUGAAAUUGUCCCAAAGCGAAGAGUUUUUCCUUUGCCUAGUCAGUAUGCAGAUGUUCCAGGCUUGGCGAUACAUGCUUGUCUUGCUUACAUUCAGCCAAGUAUUUCCAAAGAGUCGCCAAAGAAAAAUGUCCACUGGACCGAAGAGGCAGUCCAAAAAUUUAUAUCUGUGACCGGGUUUGAUUCUCCCUUGAAUAUGAUAAUAGUGGAUGGGGACAUUCAGAAAAUGCUGGAAAAUCAUCCAAGUGAAGUGGUAAGGACUCCGCCCUUACAAGUUUUGCUGGUGGACUCCUGCAAGGAAGAGGAAGAGGAGGACGUGUGUGUCAACAUGGAUCUGAUAAGGCUGGGUAUAGCCAGACUGUGUGCCACAGGAAACUCUUCACAGCAAGAACCCUCAAGUGACCAACAAGCUGUUACUUCCCCUGAAGGUUUGAAAGACUGGAACCCAAUGCUAGAGGAUUUCAUGGAUGUCAGGAAUUCCUACAAAGUAGAUGUGGAUGAUGCUGGAGUGGCAACAGUGGGCAUUAAGGUCCAGGAUGAGAAGAAGAUUUGCAAGUACUACCAGAAGAAUAAGUGUUGGCGAGGGGAUAGGUGUCCAUAUCGCCAUGUCAUCGUACCUGAAGGUGCCCUGACAGGGGAUGUAGACUAUGUGUACGGGGAUGUGAUGGAAGAGUAUCACCAGGACAGCCUACCGGACCCGGGGACCUGGAUCGCCUGCGAAGUGUCCACCAUCAUAAACCCCGCCCACUUCUACAUAGUCCUACCUUUUGGGAAAGAGCCCCUUGCCUCUUUAGAACCAGCCAAAAAAGAAGAGGGUUACAGCAGUUUUCACCAGGAGACUUUAGAGGACCUGAUGGCUAGCUUACAGGAGUUUUAUGGUGGCAAGCAUUUUGAGGGGAGUUAUGUGGAUUACGCACCCGGUGAGAUGGUUGUAGCACGGUACAGUGUGGAUCUGCAGUGGUGCAGAGCUCGCGUCAUCAGCUCGGGGGACAGGAAAGUAGAGGUGUUUUAUGUGGACUUUGGAAACAAAGAGUUUGUUUUGGAUACCUCCAUUCGUAACAUAGAUCCUCAGUUCCUCCACCUGCCCUUCCAAGCGCUGGAGUGCUUCCUUGUGGACAUCGAACCGGUCGGGGGAACAGACAGAUUUACACCAGAAGCUAAAUAUGAAUUUAGGAGACAAGUUGAUGGGAAAACUUUGGUUGCCUACAUCAAAUCAAGAUCAUGGAGUGGCUGUGCCUGGGUGGAGCUGUUUGAUACAUCCGGUGAAGACGAUGUUAGUAUUGCCCAGUCAUUGAUAGACCGUGGGCUAGCCCAGGAAUCCACCGCUUUGUCCAGUACCACUAGUGGCCAAGGCAGUAACACAUCCAGUCGCGUGUCCAGUGAGGAAUCACUUAUACUUCUUCCCGGAUAACAAGGGCACCUGUUCAAGCCAGGGGUCCAUCCU